AUGGCACAGAAUGGAGACAACAACAGUAACAGCAACAUCAACAACGACACUCGCAGAGAAACCAACAGUGCUGCGUCAAGUCUCCAGGGCUCCUCUACUGGACCGUCCGCAAGCGCUGCCAACGUAGGGUCUGGCCAUCGUCCCGCCCUCAACGAAUGGAAGUUCCCAUCCACCCCCCGAGUCGCAACUCCCGCUCCAUUCGAACCACAACUACAACAGCUACAGCAACAGCAGGACUCUCUCCCAACAGGCGCGUCAUCACCCCCCAUCAACCAAGUGGCACAGUUCCAACAACAGCAACAACCUCUAGACUACUUCAACCAGCCCACUUCGUCCUAUGCACCCUCCGCCCAGCAACAGUUGCAGCAACAACACCUCCAGCAACAGCAACAGCAGCAACAACACCAGCAACAACACCAGCAACAACACCAGCAAAACUCACAACCAUUCUCGAUCAAUCUGGGUGGCGGCGGAGGCCAGUUUCGAGACGGAGCACAUACCCCGAGGUCGCCUUACUCCUUGAUUGGAUCUAAAGAUAACAUCCAUGGUGAACAACCGAGCCAGGAUGUCCUUCUCCAGCUACAGAACGGACUACAGCAGGCUCAAGGUUUUCAAAGGAGCAGUCAUAGCCACAGCCAGAGCCAGGACAGCAUUGGAACUGCGACUGAGCUUUCAGGCAUAUCGCAUCAUAUGCCGGCCUAUCAUUACCAGCUCCAACACGACGUCGCUCAACCAGGACACUCCCUCCCACCUCCACCCCCACCACCACCACAAGACAUACAGCUGAUCCAAGAACAGCAACAGCAGGGCAUGUCAAUGAUGCCUCACCAGCUUCAAACGCCAUCCGAGUUUGCUCUCAAGAUGCUGUUCACGCAGUUUGUCAAGAUGGCCGAGGCCAAACUCAAUGCCAUGGUGCAGAUCCCACUGCAAGACUCAGAACCCGAUAUCUUGUCGCCACUCAAGCAGGGCGUCGAUCCAAAGUUCGACAAACUAUUGGCAUCUUUGGGUUCAGUUGCGCGGCAUCGACCCAAACCUGUGAUCGACUGCGUGAUGCUCUGGCGCAAAAGCAAGAUCGAGUCCCUGGAUGACAAUGCAAAGUCGACAUCAGGGGAUUGGUCUAUCAACAUCAAGUUUAGGGACCCAAAGACCGUAAUCAAAGAGAGGAAAUCUGUCGUCUCGCUGUUUAUUAUGUCGCGAUCGUUGAUCGAGAUCGUCAGCCAGGUCCAAAAGGAUACUCUUCCGGACGAGCUCGGGUCCCGUCUGGAAGAAAUCGUCUUUAGUCAGCUCGAAACCGUAGAUCCUGAGUUUGUUCAAAGGUCGGCGAACCGGACGGCCAACAUGAACGCGUUGGUGGAGCUCAUGGGAUCACUCUCGAAUGUGCGCUUUGCUACUGUCAGUGAUCGAUUCAUUGCUGAACUGGAGAAAUACAAGACAGGAGCACCUGUCAAGGACAAGGAAAUGGAGCUUCGCAUGGAGAUGCUUAUCCGCGGCAUGCGCUAUCUUAACCUGAAGCUGUACCCAAUGGAUUGCCUUGACGACACCGCAGAUUUCCUUCAGAGUUGUGCGGGAUUCUUCAAAUUGGCGCGCGGGAUCAGGAUCAAGCAUGCAUAUGCCGAGCUCUUUGUCCAGCUUUUGACUCCUGUUGCCAAGGUGGCGUUGGCUGAGGUGAACCACCCUAACUGGUCCAAGACCGUAGAGCUUAUCUUCCCCAAGGCACGCAAGAUGAUCAACAAGCCACGGCAUGUCCAAGUGGCCUUCCCGCUCGUCACCAUGCUCCUCUGUGUCAGCAAGAAGGACUUUUUCAUGAAGCACUGGCAAUCCAUAUUCGACGCCUGCCGGGAGAAGUUCAAGGACAAGGUCAUGCGCCAGAUUGCCCUGACAUGCGCGUCUCAACUGCUUUGGGUUUUCCUUUUUCGCUGCUCUGAUGAAACCAACACUACCUACAGGAAACUGGACGACAUUGUCAAGGCGCUCUUCCCAUCCCAUCGGAGGUCGUCUGCCAUGCAGGAAGGAUCACUGAAUCAUUACGUCCGCUUCAUACAUUUUAUUGGAGCCCGUCAACCGGACUAUGCAACGCGGUCUAUCAUCUUCUUACUGAUGAACUUGGAGUCGUUCUCCAACGUCAUCUACACCAACCUCACCAUGGACAUGAUUUCGCCCGAACGGAUGACCAUCGCCGUAAGAGCAUUUAUGCUGAUCUUGGCAGACCUCGACAAGACCGGCAACCGUCCACCGUUCCCUACAGCCGGAGAUGCCGUCAACGUUGUCUCUGAUUCCGACACCGCAUCCGACAUUUUGGACCCGAGUAUUAUCAACCGAGCAGGAAUGCGGGACACAUACGACCAAAUGAUUGCUGUCCUCGGGAAGAUCGCCAUUGUUUGUGACCGCAACUAUGGUCAAACGACCAUCCUGGAGGAAAAGUACACAACUGCAAGGAGCAUGUUCUCAGCAGCGGCACUCAUGGCAACGGCGACCGGAGAUGGUGGCGCUUCGAUGGUCCACCAGUAUUCAACACUUGCGGUCUCUUAUAGCCGCGAAAAGCAGGUGUACUUUGAUCUUAUGACGGCUUGGGUGACUUGUCUCCCUCGCUGCAUGCCUUCAGGAAUCCAUCUGCAGAGGAUCAUCGAAUUUCUCUGCCGGUACACCGCCCACGUGGACCCAGAGCUGCGAAAAGCCUCGGCAGCAGCACUUGUCCGCAUCGCCAAGCAGUGCAAUUCGCAAAUGGUCGUGGCUGGAUAUUCUGCAUUCGUCUGCACUGUGGAGGAUCGUCUCUCAGAGCUGCUUGCAGGACUCUCUGUGCCCGGAUCAGCAGCGCCUGCAGAGACUGGACUCUUGGGGAUCUACAUCCAAAUCUUGGAGGCCUGGAUCCAGGACACUCGCACCCAGGCUCAACAGGAACGGGAAUCGAACAGUGCCAAUACUACCACAUCUAACGAUGGACCGGCCAACACCUCUUCCGCUCCCUUGGCCAGUCCGGCUACGUCUACCGAGGGUUCGCGUUCAUUCUCGUCCUUUGCUCCUGAAGUGAACUUGGCCACUCAGCUACUUACAACAGAGGAGAAUGGCCUGCUGUUCCUCUGCAGCCCCUCUCCAAUUAUCCGUCGGUAUGCCGUCUCGAUCUUAAAGCUCGCUGCCUCCUUUGACCGUCCAGAGUCACAACUUGCACCCGCAAGCAAUGAGCCCAACAAGGAGGAUGUUAUGCCAGCCAGUGUUUCUGUACGACCGCGUCUGGAGAUUACAAGGGUUUACCACCUCCUGCAAAGUGCCGUUCAGGAGCUUCUGCAGGUGGAUGAGAGCGGAAACGCCCUCAAGGACUGUCCUCUGGCGUUACACGAGUUGAUCCGACUGCAGAUCCACCACCAAAAAGGAUCGGGCGAGGUAUUCUCGCUUCUUGCAGGAAGUGAGCACAGUGUCGACGUCGGAAUCUGGCGGUCCUGCUUUCCUCUCCUGGUCACCAAGAUCUUCCACUACUUCCCGAAUCUCUGCGAGCCGUGCUUGGACACUGUCAGUCGGCGCUUGAUGAUCCUGUACCCUGCCAUCAUGACAACGACCGACCUGGCGCUCAACAGCACCCUGGCUUCCAAGUUUUCGAUCAAGACCACCCAAGUCGCCACGGAAGAGAUGGUCGAGCAAUGGCGCACGUAUUUGAUCUUUGUGUGUUCGACAAUGAUCCGGCACGAGCACCAGUCGCCCGCAGCCCCAGGACAUGGACGGAAAAAGUCUGCCCCAACUGAAAAGAUCACCUGUGCGCGGGAUCUCUUCCGACUCAUCCUGCCACUGUUGUACAGCGAUCGCCACUCUAUCAGGGAAUCGGUUGUCGCUUCCUUGGGAAGGAUCAACGUCCAUAUCUACAAGGCCAUGCUAGAGGACAUUCAGCCAUUACUCUUUUCAAUCCACGACGACUUCCGGUCCAAGAACGGCAUCAAGCCGCCCUACAACGGCAAGCGCAACAAGAAGAUUGAUCGACUUCGCGCCGAGAUUGCUCAUAUCUUCGACCUCACGGCGCCCUUGCUCAGGAGCCCCGCCUUGGUGCACGACGACCUCAUCACAUCCAGUUUGAAGGGCUAUGUCCGCGAGACGACCAACUUUCUUCUCGACACGGAAGUGAAGCAAGAGUGGGAGUUUGUGAAGCUACGAACACACUUUUGUGGGUUUGUCUGCCAUUCCUACAACGGCGUUUCACAAAUAGGUAACCCCGAGACGAUUGUUCCUUUUGAGUACCGUCUCACGCUCUUCAAGCUCUUUGGCGAUUGGUGUGGACACGGUCCGAGCACUUUUAUCCGGGACAGUGACAACCGGUCCAUCUGGUUUGGUCAUGACCCUAGCAACGAGAUCCAGAUGGAGGAGAAGUUUGACCUCGAGAUGGCAGCCCUUCGUGCCAUGGCCUCACUUUGCCAAGGGCCUAUCAACAACAUGGCGCCCAACCAGCGACCUGAUCGACCAAGGGCGUGCUUCAACAUUGAGGAGGUCUUCAGGUGGAUUGAGAGCGUCUUCCGCAGUCCUGACGAGAGGCUGUACACCAUCGCGCAGAGCGCGUUGGAGGCAUUGUUGAUUCAUAACCAGGACCGUGUAGAUUUGCUGGAGGACGCCCUGAACCAGUGCUAUGCAGGAGACAUGUCGCAAAAGUUCAUUCAGGGCCACUUUACAGCGCUGGUCGACAUUAUCUUGAGGAUCGAAUCGUACCCCUGUCAAGUCCACCAGAUGCUCAGCCUGGCCUUGUUCAAGUGUGGAGACUCCAACAUCCACAUCAGGACUUUAGCCAUCAAGUUGCUGAAGGUCGUCGAGGCCCGUUUCUUGACCGACACAUGUGCGGGUGAGUACGAGAUUGGGAUCGUCAACAAGCUGCCGACCAUUUAUCGACAGGCGCAGUAUGUCCUUUCCGCUCGCCUGGCACAGGAUCAGGCGGAGCAGACGUAUUCGCUGCUGUCAGAGGCGAUGAUGCGCUUUGAUCUGGUUCGGACCGUCUGGCGCGGCGAGAUGCUUUACUACAUUGCUCCCUGGCUUGGAAAUGUGGAGUUGGUGGUGGACGAGCACGACGACCUGAGCUUGACGUCCUUUGUGGUCCUGACAAACCUGUUCUACUUGACGGUCAAGUACGGUGACGAUCAUGUCAAGGAGGUCGAGAACCUGUGGGUGCAAUUGGUGGCCGGCGACAACUUUGCCAAUAUUCGACCCAUCAUCGUGUUCCUGCUGGAUCUCGGUCUGGAGAAGCGUAACCCAGAGUUUGUGCACCCUGCCAAGAAGGUCAUUGUCUUUUUGGGUCGCACUUCGGCUUGUUCGAGGAUGGUCGAUAUCCUCAUCAGCGAGAUAUCCCCGAGAGCGAUGGUUCCCAAGUUGAAGCAGGAGCGCAACCACAUCCAACCGCCGUUCGUCUCCGAGUUCUUCCUCGCCAACCUCGACAGUCUAAGCAAUGGCCGAGAGAAGAGACCAGCAUUCUCGCGAGGCCAGCUGGCGACCGUUCUGUUGGUCGAUCUUGCAGUCGAGGCAGGAGCUGAUCUCCGUCGACACCUCCCCCUGCUUCUUCAGGCGUUGUUUGUUCAGCUGGACCACUACACGGCAUUGAUUUGCGACCAGACUCGAUCUCUCCUGGUCCAUCUCAUCCACUCGAUCAUCAUCCGCGAGUCGCGUAGCUUUGAGAUUAUCGAGCAGUCGAACGAACUGGUCGACUUUUUGAACGCCAAAGAGGGCAAGCCACUAUGGGCCUACGACGACAUCAUCACCCUCAACACGCGCGACUCUCCGGAGCUUGAGUCCUUGGUCUACCGUUCCGUUCAAGUGUUCCAGGCGUCCGAGGUUGAGAUCCGUCAGCAGUGGGGCGAGACGGCACUCCAAUGGGCAACAGCUUGUCCCGUCCGACACAUUGCCUGCCGCUCCUUCCAGAUCUUCCGAGCCCUGGCGCCCAGUUUCAACCAGCACAUGUUGGCCGAUAUGCUUGCCCGUUUGUCCAACACGGUUGCUGACAAGAGUCAAGAGAUCCAGGCGUUUGCGAUGGAGAUUCUUAUCUCCUUGCAGUCGAUAAUCGAGCGAUUUGAUACUGCGCGGAUGAUGCAGUUCCCUCAAAUCUUUUGGGGGUCGAUCGCCUGUCUGUACACGGGUCAUGACCAGGAGUACCUGGAGGGACUUAAGAUUCUGGAGACGGUCACCGACAGUCUGGAUCUCAUGGACCCACCAACGCUCGAGUUCCUGCUGUCGUACUUUCCCGAGCAGUGGGACAGCGCCUUCAUGGGCAUCCAACCCUUGCUCCUCAAGGGCCUUCGAUCCGUCAACACUGAGCAGAUCUCGCUGAGACUCUUGCGGAGGAUCAUGUUUGUCUCUGAGAACGCAUUGAUCGACCCCUCGGAGCACCGCGUCGUCUUUUUGUUCUUGGGAGUUCUUCCCCUCCUGGCCGAGGGAUUCGAGAUCAAGGACAUCAACGACGACUGUAUACAGUGGGCGCAAGAUAUUUCGAUGAUUGCUGAACGAGACGGAUACUACAACAUUGUUAACCUCUUGGGAGCCUAUUCCAAGCAGCGGUUCCGAACCAAGGACGACUUUUGGCGACAGAUUGCGGUCCUCUUGCGGGAUCUGUUUAUUCCAGAGCUCCAGGCAGAGAUGAUCCUGUUCUUUAUACGUUUGCUCUAUAACAGCCCCGGACUCUACAAACACAAGUCGCUCAAGUGUCUCAAGUUGCUCCUGCCGCUGGUUGAUACGACCAGGAUUGAGUUCCUGGAGAUUGGUCCUGAGCUGGUGAUGCCGUUGCUGCGUCUGCUUCUCCAGGCCGAGUACGCAACUGAGGCGUUGGAGGUUCUGGACGCAGCGAUGAAUCUGUCGGAGCAGUCGGCUGAGAUCUUCAAGAUUCGUGUGCCCCUGGAUGCGCAGAGUCCCGGCCUAAACUUUGAGGACAUGACCAAGGGUAUUCUCGGCGGCGGCACUGGACUCGAGCGACGAUCGAUGUCCGAUAACUGGUCCGAGCCACGCCGGGAGCACUUUUGGCAGAUGACCCGGGCCAAUGUCAAUGCUGUGGUCAUGACUUGCACAGGAACUGGAUACUGGGGCGCCGAUGUCGAGCUCUUGGCAGAACACGAGAUGAACCAGCUUGGGUACCCGAUGGACGCAGGAGGGAUGCCGAUGGACUUUGUUGAGCGUGACGGUAUGCAUAUCGGACUAGACUCGAACUCGGCAUUUGGUGCGGCUUACAAUGUUGAUCGGAGUGAUGAGAUGAAUGGCAACCAGGUUCAGUAUGGACAUUUGGUCUCGGCGCUGGACGAUCUGACGGAGCAUUUUGCGGAGAGUGCACGGUUCAACGAUGCCCGGAAGCGAGAGAGUACGUCGUUUGGAGCCCAGCCUUACUCGGAUCAGAACAGCCAAUGGAACUAUCGACAUUCGCUCUUGGGAGGAGCCGGCGACGCGACUCUUCAAAGGGAGGCAGGCGUCGGCGCCGGAGGUGCGAAGGGUAGUAGUAGAGAUGGGUUAGCUUUGACUUUGAAUGGACCUGGAUUCAACCGCGGCCACCAGCGACAUUCUCGGCACAGCAGCAAGGGCAGUCGGGAUGAAUUUGGAUCUUUCUUCUCGCCCCACCAUGAAAGGAUUGUUGAGGAUGAUGAGGAUGAAUCGACGUUGAUGGCAGCCGAGAUCUUGAACAAGAGUUUGUCGAUCAAUCGGUCGUAUUCUUCCAUCCGGUCGUCGUUCUUGAUGGAGCCUUCGUCGUUCAACAGCGGUGCUGCUCUUGUUGGGUCUGACCUUGCUGCUGCUGAUGGACAGGACGAUUUGAGCAAAAGUGGCCAACCUGGAGUUGGACCGCAGUUGAGAUCGCCUGUUCCUGGGCUGGUUCCCAACAGCUCUUUUGCGGCGGGACGUGGUGGUGGUGGUGGUGGUCCGGGAUCAGGGUCGGGACAUCGUGUGCGGUUGCAGGCGCCUGGACAGGGGCAUCAUGCUCAGCGGUCGUCUGGUUCUGGAUCCAGUGCGAUGAGUGGACUCAGCAAUAGUCAGAUCUCUCAGACGUCUAGCAUGGCAGCAGCGCGGAAUCGAGGCAACCUGAACCAGGGUCAUCGUGCUCCCAGUAGCAAUAAGGGAAGCAACUCGAGUUCUGUCAUGGCGUCCAGUGCAGGAACAGGAGGUGCUGGGGCAGGAGGAUGGAACAAUGGUCGGACUGUGAGUGGACACCGGACACGUGCCAGCUGUGACGAUUUGUCAUUAUCGUCUUCGGAUGAUGACGAGGACGAGGAUGAUGAUUCGACUGAUAGCGACGGCGACUAUUCCUCACACCAGAGUCAUUCCUUCCAUCGGGACCAUUACGAGGAUGAAGGACGGACGCGGGAGAACAGUUUUGAUCGUGCUGGUGGUGGUGGUGGGAUGACUACGAUCAAGGGCCAUGGAGGAUCAUCUACACAGGGCAGUGUUGAUGAUACUACUGCAGGAGGAGCGUCGAGACGUGGUGGACAGACAACACCGACUCCGGGACAGUCUCAACCUGGGUCGAGGCCUAAUUCGAGACCAGGGUCAAGGACUGGAUCACGGCCGGGGUCGGUGCCUGCUUCUCCGGCGACUAAGCGGGUGAUGGAUCGGGUGAAUUCUAGGCUUGGUGGACUGGGGGCUGGGGAGUUUGUUGGAGUUCCUAAUGUUUAUUUGUCGCAGAAGUAA